AUGGAUAUCAAAAGUCUACAGGAGAUCCAACACUCAAGAAUUUUCGUAUGUACACUCGGCAAUGCCAGGCCUUUGGUCAAAAGGAAAUUCUCAACAUGUGCGUUUGUCAGUACCAGCCCGUUCUCGCAUUUAGACUCGUCAGGGCGAGCGCGAAUGGUAGAUGUGAGCAGAAAGAGAAUCACAGAUAGAACAGCGAUCGCCGAAUGCCGUCUUAAUGUAAGCGCUGAAUUAAUAAGACUUCUAAAAGAUGGCGCGUUACCUAAAGGUGACGCUCUAGGCGUGGCCAGAGUCGCUGGUGUUUUAGCUGCCAAGCGGACAUCAGAGCUUAUCCCCUUAUGUCAUCCACUUCCAUUAGAUUGCGUCCUUGUCUCUUUAGAACUGCCAGAAAAGGAUGACGAUAAUACAGUCCAUAUUACAUGUGAGGUUCGCGUCACAGCGAAAACUGGUGCUGAAAUGGAAGCAUUAUCAGGCUGUUCAGGGGCAGCUUUAGCUUUAUAUGAUAUGUGCAAAGCCGUGGACAAAGAAAUGGUCAUAUCUGAUCUUAAAGUCAUCCGUAAGACAGGGGGUAAGAGCGACUACCCCCCUCCGAAGUUAUCCCCUUCACCUCCAGUGGAGACGACCAAGCCAGUUGACUGGCCGAAGGAAACCUUUGCUCCCAUUAAUGUUGUUUACUUGUGAUCGAGUUGUGAUAUGCAAAGGGUACAGUCACCUGCAAUAAUAUGUUACACAACG